UGGCUUUACUUGAGCUCGCAGUCACCUGGGUCCAUCUGGGUGCGGGUCGCUUAGCUGGGAAGGCCGAGGCGAGGCGGCGCCAGUGAGCCUGCGCGCUGACGGCGGCCAGAAGGGGCCAGAGGCGGUGCCGCGGGUGACAGACGCGAGCCCCACCUUUCCCACGUGGCCGCGGAGACAGGCUCAGGAGCAUCUGUUGGAUGCCUACAGCCCAUGAGGAAGGGAUGAAGAUGGCCACCAAGCGCAUCACCCAGGAGACCUUUGAUGCAGCUGUUCGUGAGAACAUCGAGGAGUUUGAGAUGGGGCCAGAGGAAGCAGUGACAGAGGCUGUGGAGCAGUUUGAAUCACAAGGGGUCGAACUGAGCAACAUUAUAAAGAUGGCACCCAAAGUCUCUGCAGAUGGACUUCAGGAGCCUAUACACGACAUCCUGCAGAUCCUGGAAGACCUGCAGGAGUCCGUGGCCUGCUAUGACCCCCAGGAGGUGUCAGCACAACUUACCCGCUUUUGUGAGCAAUGCAAGCAGCACAAGGCCUGCCGCUUUCUGGCAGCUCAGAAGGGUGCCUACCCCAUUCUACUUGCUGCCUGGAAGCUGGCUGCAGCGGGUGACCAGGGACUUCUUCUCCAGGCCCUCAAUGCCCUAUCAGCACUGAUCAAUGGCCAGCCCGACCUCUUGGACACCCAGGGCCUAAAGCUGCUGGUGACCACUCUGGACCAGCAUGCUGAUGCAACUGAUCUGAUUUGCUCUGGGAUCCGCUGCAUACGCCAUGCCUGCCUGAAACAUGAGCAGAAUCGGCAGAGUCUGGUGAAGGCUGGUGUGCUGCCCCUAUUAACUGGUGCCAUCGUCAGGCACAGCCGCUGUGCCGAUGUGGUCAGGGAGGCCUCUUGGGCCCUCCGCAUCAUGACUUUUGAUGAUGACAUUCGUGUGCCCUUCGGCAAUGCCCACGACCACGCAAAGCUGAUCGUGCAGGAGAACGGAGGCUUGAAGGUGCUCAUCGAGGCUGCCAAAGUGUUCCCUGACAACCCCAGCGUCCUGAGUGAGCUCUGCAGCACUUUGUCCCAUCUGACUGUUCGCAACGAGUUCUGUCAAGAGGUCGUAGACCUGGGGGGCCUUGGCAUCCUGGUGGCCCUAUUGGCCAACUGCAACAACCAUCAGGACCUUGUGAAGCAAGUGCUGAGUGCCCUGAGGGCCAUUGCAGGCAAUGAUGAUGUGAAGGAUGCCAUUGUCCGUGCAGGUGGGACAGAGUCCAUUGUGGCUGCCAUGACCCAGCACCUGGCCAGCCCCCAGGUAUGCGAGCAGAGCUGUGCAGCCCUGGGUGUCCUGGCCCUGCGCAAGCCCGAGAACAGCCGGAUUAUUGUAGAGGGCGGUGGUGCUUUGGCUGCACUGGAGGCGAUGAAGGCACACCCGAAGGAGGCUGGUGUGCAGAAACAGGCCUGCAUGCUGAUCCGAAACCUAGUGGCCCGCAGCCAGGCCUUCUCACAGCUCAUCCUGGACCUGGGGGCCGAAGCACUCAUUGUGCAGGCCCGUGUUGCUCACCAAGAUUGUGAGGACGUGGCCAAGGCAGCCCUGCGGGACCUGGGGUGCCAUGUAGAGCUCCGAGAGCUGUGGACCGGCCAGAAGGGCAACCUGGCACCUUGACCCAGCCUCCUAGAUUGCGACUCUGGGUGAGUCGUGUGACUCAGGAAAUGGGGAGAUCCAUGUCCAGCCACUCUGCCUCCCAGAUUCCUCCCCCAACUCAGUGAGACCUGUUUUCUGAUGGGUACCAGGCACCAGCUUGGGGGUAGAAAGCGAGCAUUGGUAAGGCAUCUACACAGGGUCUUGUGCUCCCAUCACCAGCCAACAGUGUUAGUAUUACCCAUAUUGGCCCCUCCCCCAAGCCCUUUCCUACCAGAAGGACCUUCUCAGCAUUGCUUGGGGUGAAGGGCUAUCUGAAAUUUGGCAGACACACUGGCCAGUCUCAGAGUGGGGCAGGGAUCUCGCUUCUCCCUCUUCAGGUCCAUUCUUGCUUUGCUCCUGUUUUUCUCACCUGUAAAUGGGUCGAAGAUACCUUGCCUUUCCUGGCCAGAGGGCAGGGACUGAGGCUGGUCCAUCUCUGGGGCCCCAGGCCAGCCAUUUCUGUGUGGUAAUAAAAAAGACCUUGCUUGCCCUGGA